AAAUCUAUAAAAAAAUAAAAUAGUCAAGAAACACCAACUUGACUUAAUUAUUGAAUAGCAAUAAUGAAUAAAGCAGCCUUACCCCUAACCUAUUAUAAAUAAGCAUGUAUCAAAACGAAUUGAAAUAUACUCCAUUGGAUCUGAGACAUUUUCCUAGCUAGUAAUAAGCAUUUUUAGUUCAUCUUGUCAAAAAAAACAUAUAUUCUUUAGUUCUUUCAACUCAACCAUGGCAAAAUCCUCCAUAAUUCUUCUAAUUUCUUUAAACCUUACUUUCCUCUCCAUAAUAUCUUUUGUCACUGCCACUAAUUACUAUCAAAGUCUAUCUCCAUCUAUGUUGGGCUUCCAAGAAGAGAAAUUCACCCAUCUUCACUUUUACUUCCACGACAUCGUUACGGGCCAAAAACCAAGCAUGGUAUUUGUAGCCGAGCCCAAUGGCAAGAUAGACGGUACCUUGCCAUUCGGGACAGUUGUGGCUAUGGACGAUCCAUUGACGGCUGGGCCCGAACGUGACUCAAAACUUAUAGGUAAGGCCCAAGGAAUUUAUACUUCUAUAUCACAAGGUGAGAUGGGACUAAUGAUGGUGAUGACCAUGGCAUUCACACAUGGAGAUUUUAAUGGAAGUACCCUUAGCAUAUUGGGUAGGAACAUGAUCUUGACUGAACCUCUUAGAGAAAUGCCCAUUGUUGGUGGAACCGGAGCUUUUCGUUUCGUACGUGGAUAUACUCAAGCUAAGUUUCAUUCUGUAGAUUAUUCCACAGGAGAUGCUACCGUAGAAUAUGACAUAUUUGUGUUCCAUUAUUAGUUAGGUUAGGUAGAUGUUUCACAAAAUAUAGAGUUUAUUUUCGAUUUAUUGUCUACUUUUUAUUUUUAUUGUAUUUCUCUUAGAUUCUCACCCAAAGCGAAAAAGAUAAAUAGAGGUGAAAAAUAAAAAAUUUAAUAUUGUAAUAUCACAUUCGUAUCAAUAAUCUUAAAUUUCAUUUUUGAGUUAA